UUUUUAGGUAAAAUAGUGAAAAAGCUUGGAUACGGUUACACUUUUAUAUUUUGUUUUAUAUGUUACGCACUCCGACUGAUAUUGAUAUCUGUAGCACCAACGCCAUGGUGGAUAAUUCCUAUAGAAUUUUUACAGGGACCAUCGUAUGCGCUCUGCUUUACAAUAAUUAUAGCGUACACGAGCGUAAUAGCACCUCCUGGUACUUCAACUACUGUUCAAGGAUUGGUUCAAGGCUUGAACGAUGGUUUAGGACUCUCGAUUGGCAAUUUGAUAGGUGGUAUUUUAUUUAAGAAAUUUGGUGGUACAAAGACUAUGAGAAUAUUUUCAAUAUUUGCAGCAUUUUCUGCAUUAAUAUAUUUUUUUCUUCACAUUUUGUAUUUAAAGCAUGAAACAG